GCCUUUUCCGGUACUCCGGCGGCCUGACCUUCCUGCAGCCGGUCCCGGCUGAAACGGCUCUGAAGCGACCCCGCGGCUGUGCCCGACACGUCCCACUCGCGACACCAUGGUGGCGUACUGGCGGCAGGCUGGACUCAGCUACAUCCGCUUCUCCCAGAUCUGUGCGAAAGCAGUGAGGGAUGCCCUGAAGACCGAGUUCAAAGCUAACGCCGAGAAGACGUCCGGCAGCAGCAUAAAGAUCGUGAAGGUGAAGAAGGAGUAGCGGCCCUGGCUGAAGCGGGAACUGCUGAGUCGUCACGGUGAAGACCUGGGUACCUGCUAUGGCAGAUUGAAAUCACCCUCACCUCCUGGGGACAAAACUGCCCUUGUUGAUAAAUUGACUAUGCCAAUAAAAUGACAUGGUUCAUGUCUGCUGGA